AUGGCAGAGGUGUUGGAGGACCCCCAGCCAAGAAACAAUGAUGACAAUGCUGGUGUAGACGAAUUGGACGAGGCACCAGUCAAUCAUGUGGUCACACCAGAGAGGAUCCAGUAUCUUGGAUUGAAACUGGUGGGCUACAAACGCAAACGUUUACAGAAGUCAACGGCACGGGUGAACUUUGAGCGUUUCAAGGGAUUUUUUGGUUUAUCUCCUGUAACUGCUGCCGAGAUUUACCACGACAUGCAAACAACGGAUAUUGAAGAAGCCAAAUAUCCAACAGAAAGGGACAUGGAAGCUCGAUUUGGCUUCAGCAUGUACUGGCCAAGAAAUGUGGCUUGGGAGUCGAUCGAGAGACUUCGAGCGUUGAAACACAAGAAGAUCAAGUGGGAGGAGGACUUGUGCACAGAUGAUAUCUGGGUCCUGACGGUAGACGGCAUUCACUGCUGGAUACAGGAGCCAAAACAUCCUGUCUGA